CCGACAUCCGAUAACCCCACGAGGAUGAGCAGCAGCAGUCGACCAACGUCGACGGGCCGCUUCGAGCUGCAUGUGCUGUCGGACUUGACCCACCUGGCGAUCUCGCAGAAAGGCAACGAGCAGUGCUUGCUCUUGAACCGUAACGCCGCCACCACGGGGGCCGGUGUCGUCCUUGAAGACGUGUCGGAACUCAACCACGCGCAGGGGCGGAGUCUCACGUUCGACGCGAUCUUUGGCAUCUACACGUUGUUGCGGGGAAGGUACUUGGCGCUGGUAACCGGGUCUCGGUCCGUGGGGAAGUUCAAGGUGCGCGGCGCCGACGUGGAAGUACGCCAGGUCACAGCGAUCGAAAUGGUGUUGCUCCCGACGCAGCAACUCCCCCAUCUCACCCCCGCGCAAGUCGAGGACGAAGAGCGGUACAUGGCGAUGAUCACGACGGACGUGGAAGCGCAACUGCUCUACUUUGCGUUCGAGUACGACUUGACACACACGUUGCAACGCAUCACGACGUCGCUGUCCCCGACCGUGUCGAUUGCCGAGCGCGCCGACCCGCGCUUUUGCUGGAACUAUGCCGCGUGCUCGUUCCUGCUGGAGAAGAAGCUGUUUGCAUGGGUCGUGCCCAUCAUGCAGGGCUAUGUCGAAGUGUGCAAGCACGUGUCCAUCGCAGACAACAAAGCCACGUUCGACCUGCUCUACAUCUCCCGCCGGUCGUGUCGCCGCCAGGGCACCCGCUUCACCAUGCGUGGCAUCGACAGCGAAGGAAAUGUGGCGAAUUUCGUCGAAACCGAACAAGCGUUGUUGUUUGCCGACGGCCGCGAAACGUCGUUUGUCCAGAUACGAGGCAGUAUCCCAGUGGUGUGGAGCUCACCCGCGACUCUCAAGUACGCGCCCAAGGUGUUUCAGCGGGCUCAAGCGGACACGGACACGGCGGCGUUCCAACUGCAUGCGGAGGAAUUGAUGAAGCUGUACGGUCGCGUGAUCCUUGUCAACUUGAUCGACAAAAAGACAGAGCAGCUCAAGCUCGGCGAAGCAUUUGAAAAAACAUUCGGCCACGCGUCGACGCUCAACACGCACAUUCUGGCCAAUAUUCGCUACGUGUGGUUUGAUUUCCACCACGAAUGCCGCCGCAUGCAAUAUGCCAACUUGGGCAAGUUGAUCUCGCAAGUUGACGACGACUUUCAGGACUAUGGGUAUUUCUCCAAGUCAGCGUCCGGACAAGUGACGAGCACGCAGUCGGGCGUCGUUCGAACCAACUGCAUGGACAACUUGGAUCGCACCAACGUCGUGCAGUCGUUGUUUGCGCGGCGAAGUCUUCUGCUGCAAGUGGGCGAGUCGGUCCAAGGCAAUGUGCUGACGUCUCCAUUUGAAUCGUUUGAAAAAACAUUUAAAAAUCUAUGGGGCAACAACGCUGACGCCAUCAGCUUGUUGUACGCGGGCACGGGCGCGCUUAAAACCGAUUUUACACGCACGGGCAAGCGCACGACGCGCGGGGCGCUGAUGGACGGAUACAACUCGGUGCUGCGAUACAUUCUCAACAAUUUUUACGACGGAACUCGCCAAGAUGCGAUGGAUUUGUUGCUGCUGCGGUACGUCCCAUCGCGGCACAAGGCGUCGCCGUUUGGGUCGUCGGCUUCGUCCAUGCAAUCGUACUUAAUUGGGGCGAUGGGCACGACGGUGGUGCUAUUCACGGGUCUCGUGGCGUGGGAUGGCUUUGACGUAUUGUUUGCAUUCAACCGGCUGCUGCAUGCCACGGGCGCGGUCGUCGCCGUCGUCGUGCUGGCGUUUGGGUAUUUUGUUCGAAAAGGCUCAGACUUGGCGAUCGCGAACCGCCCGCUGUUUCGUCCAGAAGAUGGAUGUGCCACCACGUGGAAGUAAAGCUCCAACACGAGUUUUUCGCAGUUGAGAGAGAGACUGGCCUUUGUAGUGUCGAGAUUUAUUGUGAACGCUUGAAUACAGUGUGUACAUACAUCCA